AUCCCCAACGUGAUUUACUCCACCACCUCCCCUGUAUAUAUAGCAAACCCUCAAUUCCCCCUCCCACCACCACCACCACCGCCCAAAUCCCCUUCAGAAGCGGCGAUAAAGCGGGGGAAGAGGUACAGAAAAGGAGAAUUGAGGCUCCGACGACGCCCUACCCCCUUCUUCUCCCCGCAAGAUCCCCUUUUUAGCUCUCCAGAGGCUCCGAUCCGAUAGAAUUCGGUAGUUUUCGAGGUAAUUUGGUACGGAUUUGAGCCUAAUGUCCUCCGCCGCCGCCGGAGCCGCGGGUGCUGGUGUUUUCCGGCGAGGAGUGGCGGCGCUGGGCCCCCUCGCGCGGCUCCCCUGGGCGGCGGCGUCUUCUCCCUCGGCGAUCGGGAUCGGGGCCUCGGUGUCGGUUCGGGGCGUCUCGCAGCUCGUUAAGACCAACGGAAAGAGGGUGUUCCUGGUCGACACAUUGGCGUUGGUUAGGAGGUUGGAGUCGCAAGGGGUGCCGACGAAGCAGGCGGAGGCGAUCACGACCGCCAUUACGGAGGUUCUGAAUGAUAGCUUGGAGAACGUGGCGCAAUCCUUUGUGUCGAAGGGGGAGAUGCAGAAGAGCGAGAUGCUGCAGGAUUCCAAUAUCUCGAAAUUCAAGUCGCAAGUACAAAGCUCUCAGGAAAACCAUUUCUCUUCAAUACAACGUGAGACUGAGAAACUCCGGGGGGAUAUUGAGAAAAUGCGCAGCGAGCUUAGAUAUGAGAUUGACAAAGUCACUGCCGGGCAGCGGUUGGAUCUAAAUCUUGAAAGAGGGCGAAUACGGGACGAACUAGCCAAACAAAAUGCAGAAACUACAGAUCUCACCACCAAGCUUGACCGGGAAAUCCACUCGUUGAAAGCCCAGUUGGAGGGUGCCAAGUACGAUGUCAUAAAAUACUGCAUUGGUACGCUUGUGUCGAUAUCAGCUGUUGGGCUUGCUAUCCUUCGCAUUCUGAAGUAACAAACAUCCCUUAUUGUCGGCAAUUUAAUGAAUCGACAAGAAGUUAUGUUUUUUUUUUUCUUUGCUUUUUUGUUUGUUCAAGAAAUUCAUUGGCAAGUUGUUGUAGCAUUGAGUAGAAAUAUCUUGCCAUUUAAACACAGUAGCUCAAAGAUGUAGAUUUAGUUCUCAUGCAAAUAUUUGAGACAGUUUACCUAUUGGAUUCAGAAUACUCAAUAAGACACUGACAUUUUAUGCUUGGCCCAUUGGAGA